GUAUCAAGAGCAGCUUCCCAAGCUCAUACAUUCAAGGAAAGAGCUUUAUAUUACUCAUGAAGAACUUGUUCAGAUUACGAAAUGGAAGCUUAUGAGGGAGAAGUUUCGUCCUAACCUAAUUGACUUGGUUCGCAUAAACACUGAGAAAGCAGUUGUAACACACAGCAAGAAAGCUUUUAAAAGACUACCCAACCUUUCUGGAGCUAUAGCUAUGCUGACAUGCUUGAAAGGAGUGGGUCCUGCCUCUGCUUCUGCAAUCUUAGCUGCUGCAUUCCCAGAUCAAGCUCCAUUUAUGGCAGAUGAGAGUAUGCUUUCUACUCCGGGUGUUGAAACUAUGGAUUACACUGUAGCAGAAUAUUUAAACUAUGCUCUACAGCUGAAAAAGAAGUCUGACUACCUCAACAAUUUAGAUCCAAGUCAGAAUUGGAAUCCUCAUAAAAUUGAGCUUGCUUUAUGGGCUCAUUUUGUUGCCGGAGAGCUAGAACCAUCCAUAUUGUCAAACCUACCUCCACCUGAAGAUCUCCCUGAGGCACCGGGUAAUGAAGAUGAGGACAAGAAAGAAAAUAUCUCUAAAGAGAAAGAAGCAAGUGUCAAGAAGCGAUCAUCCCAAGACGAGGAUUCAGUGGAUAGUUUUGCUAACCUGAGCAGUGGUGAGGCUUCAAAUGAUGCUGCUGAUUUUUCAUAUUCUGAUUCUGAUUUGAAUAAGGAUAUAAAAGACAAUGGGCUUGAACCACCAACAAAAAAAUGUCGCAUAUAACUUUGAACAUUCUUUAUCAUAUUCAUUUUUAAACAUUUGUACAUGUGUACUUUACACAAUUAUUAAAACCUUGAACUGAACGAACAACAAGUAAAAAUACAGUUGUUAAAAUGUUCUUUAGGCGUAUAUUUUAGAUGCAACAAUGCUAAUUAGGUACUGUUUGGUUUAGUUUGCUGAUGAACUUUUCCGAACAUGCUUGAAUUUUUAUGAUCUUUUUUUUUUUUUUUUUUUUUUUUUUUUUUUUGUAUGUGUCAUCUUACCAGGCCAAACUAAAAAAUUAUUUUGUUAUUCAGCAUUGAAAUUUAUUAAUGGUAUUAUUUAAUGUACACAUAUACCUAAUGUUUAAGAUUUGCAUGACCUUUUCUGUUAUAUAGAGAUGAAAAUACAGUUUGUUAAACAUAAUUUAAUGAGAAUAAAAUAUGUCUUAAAUACAGUUUCACACAUGCAACUCAUUUACAUAUGAGUUAGGGGGAAGAAUUAUUUUAACAGUAAUUUUAAGAAAAAUCAGCAUUUUUUAAAUCAAGCCUUUUGCAUUAUCUACAAUCAGCUUGUUAUAGUUUAUCAUUUGUAUGUAUAUCAGAGCUAAUUGAUCUGAUGAAAGACAUUCUUAAUUAAUGUACAUGUAAUUAUUAAGAAAAUUUUUAAUCUUAAAAGCCAUCACCCACUGAAUUCUUUUACACACAUCAGGGAAAAUUUUAACCUUUGUUUAGUGGCAAUGAGCAUUCAGGUUAUUGUUCCUUUUGAAUUUUUGAGUAUUUAAAAAGUGUAUUUUUUUCAUUACUAAGUUAUUAAUGAUUGAUUUGAUUAGGAAAAUUUUUUUUUUUUGGAAGACACUUUUGAAUGUCAGAUUUGGCAGGAGGAAUCUUGUUUGUCAUGCUCUCAAUAAUCAAAUCAUCAUUAAUUGUUGACUUAGCUCAUAUUAAUUUCCUUUAAAAAGUGUUAGAACUGUAGAACUGAAUUUAUUGAUAAACUUUCUUGUCAGAUUUGUAAUUAAUGAACUAUAUGUUGACUGAAUUAGUUCAAAAAAAAAUCUGAAGGAUUUUCUUUGUGAGGUACUAGAAUUUUUUCUGGUAAAAUAUCUGUUUACUUGGAUAACCUUUUUCACUUAAAAUUUUAUAGGUUUCUUUUUAUGUAUUUAAAACGUCAUGUAUAAAGUACAUGGAAUAUAAAAUCAUUUUGCAGGUUUUAGAAAUUGUUUUUUGCACUAAAUUUUUUAAUCGUCUUUUUUUUAUUAUUAUUAUUUUAAUGCUGGAAUUAUAAAUGAUUUUAUGUUUAAAAUGUUUCAUAUAGGGAUGAUUGCUAGAGUUAUAAUUUUCAUAAAUUAGGGAUUUUCCCAUUUUUGUUAAUUUGAAUUUCACAUUCCCUACACAACUCAUAAAAUAUCUCCUCUAGAAUUGUUAAAUGUGAAUUUUAGGUUGAAGUCAUGUGAUUUUGUUUUCCGUGAAGUUUUUGAAUGUAAUUGUAUAAAAAAAUAAGAAAAAUAACUUUCAUAUUUUAUCUAUAAUUCUUGUAAUAAUUUCAUUGUUAAAUAUUAGAAAAAGUUCAAAGGUUAUACCUUUAUUAUAUUUUUUAUGGAGAAAUUUCCCAUAUGAAAGAGUAUGAAUUUAUUUAUUGUUAAUAAGUUUAAUAUUUUAGAUGACAAAAAUCUCUUUGUUUUAGAUUAAUACCCAAUUUUAUUGUUUACAUUUUCCUUUGUAUGUGCAACUGUUAUUUGCAUACUUUCAGUAAAUUUUUGCACAAAACUAAUUUAAAUUGUUAAAAAGAACUUCAUCAAAAAAUAAAACAUGGUAUAAUUUUUUUAAAAAAAUUUGCUUUUCUUAGUCACAAUUUAGAAACAUUUUAUCAUUUUCUUCAUAAAUGUAGUAAGUGUUUUAUGUAAUUCAGCUUUUAUAUUCAGAACUGGAUAUAUUUGUAUGUAGCCAGCUGAAAGAUAAUUCAAUCUUGAAAAGUAGGAUGUUGAUAAAUCUCAUAUUUCUUCAAUAAUAAUAAUACUUUUGUAUUAACUCUUUUUGGGGGGUGCUUCUUAAGAAAUGGGGUUUCUUUCCCCAAGUUUUAACAUAGCAGAUAUCUGUAAAGUACACUCUAGGCAUUUGAUUUUUUAAAAUGCGUUAUUUACAGAAAUGUAAGAGUUAUUUCAAAAAGUUAAAAAAAAAAGUCCCAAGAAAAUCGAAAAGUAUAAGGCAUUAUUAAAGUUUUACUGAAGUAAAUUAUGACAUGCACAGUGUUAAUUAUUAAUAUUUUCACAAAUUUGUUUUCUUGUUCUAAAAUGUGAAGUUUGAUUUUGUUGAAUUUGAGCACACCUUUCCAAGCUCUAAUUAGAAGCAGUUUAAGUUUUAUAAUCUACAAACAUUUAUUAAUCAGAUGUAUAGAAUUUUACUUUUUCUUAAUCUAAUGAUGGGCACUUGUCUAUUCAGCAUUGCCCGCUUCUAGGCCAGAAGUGGUGGCCAUUUUUAUUGUGGAAGCAUCCUGAUAGGCAGAUGCUGUUACCUUGUAUGAUGGGAUGGACAGUUACAGCUAUGCCUUCUCCAGAAUUUUAACCCGGUACCACAAUAGGCUCCACUAACCACUAUGCUGUCUGUGUGACAUUUUACAUGUUAACAUUGCUAUUUACUAUUUUAACCUAAAAAAAUUUUUAUUAAGUUAAAAAAAUGUAAAUUUCACCAUCAAUAUUUACCAUAAGUAAACUCAAAAGUAAACAGCUAAAAAUUACAUUAUAUACACACACAAUAGACAUAUAGCUUUCUGAAUUGGUAUUUUAAAUCAUUGUAUGUAUGUUAGCCCCAGUCGUGGACAUAAAAAUUAUCAGGUACAUAUAUGGGUCAAAGUAGUUGAAACAGAAUAUUUCUAUAAAAAUUCCUAAUUUAAAGUAAGUUAAUAAAUAAAUUAUAUAGAUUUUUCUCUUCAAUAAAAAUUUUUGCUAGAUCUAAAUGUUAUUGUAAUUAAACUUUCACUUGCAUUUGAUGAGAAUUUACAUCUCUUUAUAUAAAAUCCUUAGUCUUUUAUUGGAGUUUUUUUUGGGGGGGUAGAGAGCAUAGCUGCUAUUUGUAAAUAGCAUUUUAGGUCACGAAAUUUUUAAUUCAUGGUUAGCUGAAAAUAGUUUUAUUUUAAGCAUUAAUAUUCUUUAAUUGAUUAUAAUAAUUUCACACUUAAACAUUAUUUCUUCAUAAAUUUAAUCUGGUUUUCACAUAUGCUACAGAUUUUUACAUGAAACAUAUUGAUUUUAAUACAAAAAUCUGAAAACCUUCAAAAUUUACAUUGUGUCCAAAGUAAUUUUUUUUUUUUUUUUUUUUUUUUAGUGUUUUG